AUGUUCGCAGCUAUUGCAUCAGGAAACCCAUUACAAUUUUCCGAAGAAGUAGCCAACUCUAAUGGAUUACAACAUACUAUUGUUUUAUCUUCAACAAAACCUAAAUCAUAUUCUCAUAUUUCACUUUUCGUUUUACCAAAUGUUACAUUCCCAGAAGAUUAUAUAGCGACAGUUUAUUUUAAAUUGAGUCCCCUAGAAGAUUUUAAAAUGUUUGGUUAUCUUAGUGCUGAGAAACCCAGUGCUAUUUUCAAAGUAAAAUUACAAUCCACUAAUAAUAACAAUAAUCUGAAUAAUACUGAUACCAGGACUUCUCGAGAUGGUAUACAAUAUGGUGAAGGUUUAGGGGAGAUUGAUAUGGACGAAGAUGAGGAUCAAAGUUUCCCACAUAAGAACUCAAUGAACUUCCAUAAUAUUUCUCAAUUAAUUAUAGGUAUAUCCAUCGAGCCACGAAUGGAAGGGAUGGCUAAAUUAGAAGCAUGGAAACACGAGAUGGCAAUGGGAUCUACGCAAAUACCACAGAUGCCACCCACAUCUUCUUCUUCGUCGCUGGCGCUAAUGAAACCUACAAGGAAUAUAACUACCGCGGGACAGCUAGCUAGAUUAUAUCCUGCAUUGACACAGGAAUUAGCUGGUAAAAUUGUUCAACAUGCAUAUAAUUAUCUUUCUGGAUUUCUGGAUUCCAUGGGUAACGUUUCUAUAAAGAGAUUUGAUACUUGGUGGGAUAAAUUCAAGAAACGAUUGGCAAAUGACGGUACAUUUUUAGACGAAGUGACGAGUAGUUAG